ACACAAAAUCAACCUUGGUCUGCACUCAAAGAACAAGAGCUUCAAAUUACUUAAUACCAAAACCCCUUUAUUCCCCACAAAUCUCCAACUUCUCAACCAAAUUUUCUCCUCUCUGAAAAUGUCUCUUCAAGCUCAACCACAACAACCUGUUCAGGUUUAUCCAACCACUGUCACAAAUCAGCCAUCUUCACACCAUUCAAAAGGGUCUUUUGGGGCAGUUUUCAUUGUUCUUGCCAUAAUACUAGUCAUUUCAAUAGUUGCUUGCAUUCUUGGAAGACUGUGCAAUAGGCUCUACAAUAAUAAACACAAUCACAAUAGCCAGAGACCAGAUAAGCUGCAUAGGCAACAAAUCCACAACUUUCAUCCAAGAGAAGGGGACAUUGAAUUUGGUGAUGACAACAAAAGAAUGCCACCAACAACUUCAAGGCCUAAUAAAGUACAUGGUCAUGGAGCAGACACAGGACCCCAGCAACCACCAAGUAAUGGUAACAUGAAAGAUUUUGUUAUGAAACCUGGUCAUGAAAUCCACAACUUCCAUUCAAGAGAAGGGGAUAUUGAAUUUGGGGUUGACAGAAGAAUGCCACCAACAACUGCUAGGCCUAAAGGGCAUGGUCAUGGAGCUGGAUCAGGAUCCACAACACCUGCUAAUGUUAACACGAGAGGUUUUGUUUUGAAAUCUGUCCAUGAUGAAGAGCUGAGAGUUGGUGCAUGAUGGAACCAUAAGAGGACAUUAUGUAUACUUAGCCAUCUUGUGCUAACAAGUGACAACCAU